AUGGGUAAAGAAGAAAGUAUGGAUGGGGAAGAAGUUUGGGAUGGAGAAGAAGUUAAGGAGGGAGAAAUGAUUAUGGAUGGAGAAGAAGUUAAGGAAGGAGAAGAAAUUAGGGAUAAUGAAGAAAGUAAGGAUGGAGAGUAUGGAGAAGAAAUCAAGGAGGAAGAAGAAGUUAACGAAGGAGGAGAAGUUAUGGAUGGAGUAUAA